GGGCUUGGCCGCCCGCCCCGCGGCCCCGGCAAAAGGCUGGGACUUUACUCCGGCGGCGGAGAACGAGCCCGUGCUCCAUCAGCUGCCGCAACCGCCGCGCCCGAGCCCGAGCCACGAUGAGCGGCAGAGUCGGCGAUCUGAGUCCCAAGCAGAAGGAGGCACUGGCCAAGUUUCGGGAGAAUGUCCAGGAUGUGCUGCCCACCCUGCCGAAUCCAGAUGACUAUUUUCUCCUGCGCUGGCUCCGAGCAAGAAACUUCGACCUGCAGAAGUCUGAGGCCAUGCUCCGGAAGCACGUGGAGUUCCGAAAGCAAAAGGACAUUGACAACAUCACGAGCUGGCAGCCUCCCGAGGUGGUCCAGCAGUAUCUGUCAGGGGGCAUGUGUGGCUAUGACCUGGAUGGCUGUCCCAUCUGGUAUGAUAUCAUUGGACCUCUGGAUGCCAAGGGGCUGCUCCUCUCAGCCACCAAACAGGACUUGCUCAAGACCAAGAUGAGGGACUGCGAGCGGCUCCUGCAGGAGUGUGCAUGCCAGACCAAAAAGAUGGGGAAGAAGGUGGAGACCAUCACCCUGAUUUAUGACUGCGAGGGGCUUGGCCUCAAGCAUCUCUGGAAGCCUGCAGUAGAGGCCUAUGGGGAGUUUCUCUGCAUGUUUGAGGAAAAUUACCCUGAAACACUGAAGCGCCUUUUCGUUGUUAAAGCCCCCAAGCUGUUUCCUGUGGCCUACAACCUCAUCAAACCCUUCCUGAGUGAGGACACCCGCAAGAAGAUCAUGGUCCUGGGGGCAAACUGGAAGGAGGUUUUACUGAAAUAUAUCAGCCCUGACCAGCUGCCUGUGGAGUAUGGGGGCACCAUGACUGAUCCUGAUGGAAACCCCAAGUGCAAGUCCAAGAUCAACUAUGGGGGCGACAUCCCUAAGAAGUACUAUGUGCGAGAUCAGGUGAAACAGCAGUAUGAACACAGUGUGCAGAUUUCUCGUGGCUCCUCCCACCAAGUGGAGUAUGAGAUCCUCUUCCCUGGCUGUGUCCUCAGGUGGCAGUUCACAUCGGAAGGUUCGGACAUCGGUUUUGGGAUUUUCCUGAAGACCAAGAUGGGGGAGCGGCAGCGGGCAGGUGAAAUGACAGAGGUGCUUUCCAAUCAGAGGUACAAUGCCCAUCUGGUGCCUGAGGAUGGGACCCUCACCUGCAGCGAUCCUGGCAUCUAUGUCCUGCGGUUUGACAACACCUACAGCUUCAUUCAUGCCAAGAAGGUCAGCUUCACUGUGGAGGUCCUGCUUCCGGACAAGGCCUCAGAAGAGAAGAUGAAACAGUUGGGGGCAGUCACCCCGAAGUAAUGCUUCUUCCCACAGCAGGCGUGGCUCCCUCUGUGUCUCCGUCAGUUUCUGUCCCUUGUAGCAGUCAUUUUCCCAGUACCCAGAUGCCCAAAAAAGCUGGGCUACAAGAAAGAUCUUGGGCUGGAUUUGGGGAACUUUCAUUUCAGAAUUAGGAAGAGGGGGAGCAGCAGGACAGGGUCUCCUUCCUCUCAAAUUACUCAGGGGUCCCCAGGGGCUGGGCACCAUGAUAGGAUCUACCAUCCUAUAAGCUGUGCCAACAUCACCUGUCCAGUGACAGUUGAGACAGGAAGGGGUGGGGGGCAGGGGGAGAUGUGGGUGGCAGCAGGGCAGAAAUUAGAAAACGGGGGGAAGGUUCUGUUAACACUUCAGGGAAGCCAGCUGUAGGGGAGGAACUUGCUCCCAAAUUGAAAAUGUUAAGUCUAGAUCAUUAUGAGGAGUAGCAAGGUAGCAGUUUGCUAGAAUUAUGGUGGGGGUUCAAAGGCUCUUCUAAACUUUCUAUCUCCAAGGCUGGGACCUUUUGGCUUUUCCCACAAGUUUUCAGGGAUGGCCUGAGUCAGUAUAGAUCUUCCCACUCAGGGGCAGACAGAGAGGCCACCUUGAGACUUGGGACCCACCGGCAGUCUCUUUAAUUACUGAUUGUCAGUGACUCAGAGCUUCUCAGGACAGCAAUUUUGUACCCAGCCACUGUCCUGCAAUGCAAACAAAGCACAGGAAAAUUACUUCCAGAAAUCCCAGUUCCAGGAUGGGGCCAGGAGGCUAAGGGUGGGAGUGAAUCCUGAGGCUUCUAACCCCCCCUCCCCUUCUCAGUGCUGUCAGCCUUUCAUCAACUCUCCAUUUGAGCACCCCACACAAAAAUGACAAGUGGGAUUAAGACAGUAGAUCUCAGUGAAAGCCAUUCUAGUCUGAGUCUCCCACGGUGCCUGCCGGUCAGCCGGCUUCCUGAGUGACCUCAGCAAGGCUCUGGCAGUCCCGUCUCUGUUGGAGGCAUAUGGCGGGAGCAUUGGGUUCCUGGUGUCUGGCGGGGAGGCUGCCCGGGCAGUGGGCCAAAGGCUGGCCCGGCAUCUGGGGGCAGGCACGAAUAGCCUCGCAGGCCCCCAGCCCCGCCGUCCACACUGACAAGCAGGGAUGGCCAAGGAGGCCCUCAGCGACCACGGAUUGGAGGGCACGGACCCUGCGGGCAACCACAGCACAUAACCCAACGCUCCACACCGCAAACGAACAAUGGAGAGCGCCCCCCCCCCCAUCCCCAGGCCCUCGCAGGAACUCCUUUCCCUCCCAAAGCCAGCCACCCCCGCCCCGGCCCAGCGUGGGGAGAUGGUCUGGGGAAGCCGAGGGAAAAGGGAGCAGGGCUGGAGCUGACCGGAGCGGCCUGAGGCUGCGCCGGCCUCAGCUACUCCGCUUAGGAGGCAUCAUCCUGACCUUGGUUUACAGCGCUCUCUUAGGAAAAUUAACCAAUGAAUAAAGCAACAUUCAGUACA